UGGGCUUCCCGUCCCAUGGGGAAGAGGGGCUCCACACCAGCCGUCACACAAAUUCAAGUCCAGAGACACGGCUGUGAGAAGGGCUACUGUGGAGAGAAUGAGGUGAUUGUGAAGACAAGAACGGAGUAUCAGCCCGAACAGAAGAACAAAGGAAAGUUCCGGGUGCCGAAAAUCGCCGAAUUUACGGUCACCAUCCUCGUCAGCCUGGCCCUUGCCUUCCUCGCCUGCAUAGUGUUCCUGGUGGUUUACAAAGCCUUCACCUACGACCACAGCUGCCCAGAGGGGUUCGUCUAUAAGCACAAGCGCUGUAUCCCGGCCUCCCUGGAUGCUUACUACUCGUCGCAGGACCCCAGCUCCAGAAGCCGCUUCUACACGGUCAUCAGCCACUACAGCGUGGCCAAGCAGAGCUCUGCGCGGGCCAUCGGGCCGUGGCUGUCGGCGGCCGCCGUCGUCCAUGAGCCCAAGCCACCCAAGAACCAGGGCCACUAGAGGCCCACUGCAGCCAGAUGAGGGGUGGAGAGGGGCCCCGUCGGCUAAGCCAAGCUCCAGUCACAGACAACACUGUACUCC